AUGUAAGAGGAAAUACUAUUGUUCUUUAUCGAAGGAAUACUACUUAUAGUAUACGUCUUUUAUCUAGUAUGGGACUAUUCUGCAAAAGAGGUUCCCUUCUACAUUAAAGCCUUGACAUAUUUUUCUUGGAUCCUAACAUUUUCGAUUGUCCUUGUUUUACCUAUUGAUAUCUUAUAGCAAAGGACUUUUUUAGAAUAAUAGAGCACUUUGGAGAAUAAUGAAAAAACAUAACUAUAAUAUGGUCUAUUCUUAACUUGGAGAAUACUAUAUUGGUCCAAUUUUUUAUUAUCAUGGUAAGUUAGUUAAACCCCAUAUAUUCAAGACUAUGAAGACUCUGGAGAUUUUAAUUGGAGAGAGAGGAUGAAAUACUCAAUCAAAAAAAAUUUGUUAAUUUACACUCUGGGACUGGUUUUAGGAACGAUCAUUAUCAUCUUAUUAGCAAUGAAUAAUGAUUCUUCAGAUUACAUCACCAAUUCAUUAAUAGGAUUAGCAAACUUUUUUGGACUUUUUUUGGUUGUUCUAUUAUUAGGUUUCGGACUGGUUGCGAUUCCAAAAAGAUACAUAAAGGAAAGUAAGGAAGAAGAAGUGCUUGACAAAUGCUAUAAAGAUUCUGUUUAUUUAGAAGAAUAGAGAACUGAAAAGGGAUAUGAUAUAGAGGAAAUUUGCAAAACACUUCUAAUUUUAGAAGAUUCUUACUCAAAUUCAGAGUUUUUCGUCUAUAUUUCUAAAAUCAUAGCCUUAAUUCCUCCUGUUUAUUUUGAGUCUAUCAAAUAAUAAGCAAUUUAUAGAAAGAAGGAAUUACCGUCAGAAUAUUUAAAUUUAAAUUUAAAAUAAUUAGGAGUUCUUCAUAAAUCAGUUAAAUAAAUCGUUUUUGAUUUAAGAAGAAUCAAUACAAAGUUUGAAAUACUAUUGAACAAAGUAAAAAAGCUUGAGAGACAAUAUGAAAUUGAUUCUAUUGAGAAUCAAAGCUUUGUUAUCAAAAUUGUAAUCAAAGCCUAAUAUAUUUGGGUAAAUUAUUUUCGUAGAUAUUAUAACAAAUACAUUGGUUAUGUUUUUACAUUACUGUCUAUAAUAUUGAUGUUCGGGGAAUUUUAAGUAUUGAUGAAAUAAAAAAUUAACAUUAAUAUACUAUCCUCAGUGAUCCUAUCCAUCAGUGAUACUACGUUGACAAAUAUUACAUUAUUGAUUCUGUUAACAUACAUGAUGUUUUGUGUUUAUUAUGGUUUAUUUUCAAUGAAAAUUAGUGGAUUAAUAUCAUUUAACAAUAAACAUAAUACAGAUGCACCUAGUCUAAUGUUUGGUUCUGUAAACUUUGGAAGGGUGAGCUUUCCUCUUUGUUAUAAUUUCCUACAAAUGACAGCCUCAUUAGAUAAAUCAAACUAGUUUUUUAAUUUUUUUAAAAGGCUUGAUGAAUUCUCAGUAUUUGACUCCACAUUCACUAUAAUUUUACCUCUAAUGCUAAUAAUUAUGUCACUUUGCAAUUUUUUUAAUAUCAGUGAUAAAGUGAUGAAAGCAAUUGGUCUUGGAUAAUUCGCUUUUUAGGAUUCCCCUUAAGUUUUGAGUAGUUUAGGGAAGGAAAUCUUGCUCAAAGAGAAAUAAAGGAAAAAUUCCAAAUUAACUACUGAUGAGUCAAGCUAAAAGUCGUCACUUUUAGAAUUAUCAAAGUACACUUCUCCAAAAUAUAAUGAAACAUAAGAUAGAGUCAAAGUCAACUAAAUAAGGAACUUUGAUGAAAUUUUAAAUAUAUGA